GAUUGUAAAAGAGGAGAUAAAAUUUAUAUAGGAUGAGCUAAUCAUCAUCCAUCUGAUAUCUCUGUUUGAAGGGUUAUGCGAGCAGCGUAUGGCUUUUCUUCCGAUUCCUUCGUGUAAUCCAGUACCUAUUCCAGUCCCACAAACUCUAAGGGUAUAUGUCCGCUGCACCUGGCCAACCUUUCAAACCAUCUAUCAUUUUAAACGAAACGCCGUGCUCCAUGCAAAUGCUGAACCCCAAUAUACCUUCGACGUGAGUAUCCUGUAGCCAUAUCCCGUCCACAUCCGAUCUAUACCUGUCCAAUAGAAGUAAUAAAAAGAAAA